AACAGCACUCAAAACAUAUGACAAACAAUUUAAAGCUCCUUCCCUUAUUUUGAUCUCCAAGUGAAGGAAAUCUAAAAGGACAAGGAAACAACACUUGGAGCUUUCCUAGUAGUUCUAAUUACUUAUUCCCUAAUCUUUUCAUAAUUAGGCCUCCUCUCUGUCUCUCUAACAACAAUUGCCAAAUCCCUUUUAAAUAUAAGCUAAUCACUCGGAUUAACUUAAUAUUCUCUCUACUUCCUCACUAUACAAUUAUUUAGCUUGGAGAGAGAGUGAAAGUGUACAUUUUAUAUAGCACCAGAACUAGCACAUUGCUUUCUACACUGUUUUAUUUUUUUCCUCUCUUGGGAAGAUGAUUAUGAAGUCCCUUCCUUCUAAAGCAUUGAUCAUUAAAAUCAACUUGGUUUUCUUGGCUUGCUUCUUAAUUGCUUAUGUUGCUAUUCUUUUCAAGCCAUCAACUUCUGUUUAUCAUGAAUAUGCAGCAUCCCUUGUUAGAUGUUCAUUGAGAGAAUGCCAUCAUAAGGGAGAAGGAGGAAUAAAGAUGAAAGCAGUGUUAGAAGAACGAGCUAUGGAAGAACGAGCUAUGGAAAAUGGAGCAAAGGCAGAGAAGAUGAUGGUGAAGCGCGAAAAGCCAAGUUUUUUAAAUAAAAUGGGGAGAGGAAUGAAGAUAGGAAUGGUGAAUAUGGAAGGUGAAGAUGUUAGUGAAUGGAAGGUCCAUGGACAGAUAAUCAAAGUGAAUUUCGAGAAAGUUUCGGAUUUAUUAGAAUGGAAAGACUUAUUUCCAGAAUGGAUAGAUGAAGAAGAAGAGAUGGAUGGUAACGAGUGUCCAGAAAUACCAAUGCCAGAUUUCAAUAACUAUAGUUACAUGGACAUAAUAGUUGUGAAAUUACCAUGCAAGUAUCCACAAGAAGGGUGGGGAAAAGAUGUUUAUAGGCUACAAGUGAAUCUUGUGGCUGCAAAUUUGGUUGUGAAAAGAGGAAAAAGGGAUUUGAAAAAUGGGAAAAUGAAGUUGAUUUUCCUGAGUAAGUGUAGGCCUAUGGUGGAUAUGUUUAGAUGUGAGGAGUUAAAGAAAAAAGAAGGGGAUUGGUGGUAUUAUAAGACAGAUAUGGAGAAAUUGGCUCAAAAGGUUUCAUUGCCAAUUGGUUCUUGUAAUUUGGCUUUGCCUCUCUGGGGAAAAGAAAUCAACGAAGUCUAUGAUAUAUCCAACAUCGAAAGCAGCACAAAAAUAGCACGAAGAGAAGCCUACGCCACAGUUCUUCAUUCCUCAGAAACAUACGUUUGUGGUGCAAUAACACUAGCUCAGAGUCUUCUUCGAACCGGAACCAAACGGGACCUUAUUCUUCUUCUAGAUAACAGUAUUUCUGAACCGAAACAAGAUGCCCUAAUUAGAGCUGGCUGGAAACUCCGGUUCAUAAAGAGGAUAAGAAAUCCUAAAGCUGAGAAAAAUACGUACAAUGAAUACAAUUAUAGCAAGUUCAGGUUAUGGCAGCUCACUAACUAUGAAAAGAUCAUCUUUAUUGAUGCGGACAUUAUCGUUCUUCGCAACAUCGAUAUUCUUUUCCAUUUUCCUCAGAUGACAGCUACAGGUAACUCUGCGUCAAUCUUCAAUUCCGGAAUAAUGGUGAUCGAGCCAUCAAAUUGCACCUUCAAAAUGUUCAUGCAACGUACAAAAGAGAUUGUUUCAUAUAAUGGAGGCGACCAAGGUUUCCUUAAUGAAGUGUUUGUAUGGUGGCAUAGGUUGCCUCGAAGGGUUAAUUUUUUGAAGAACUUUUGGUCAAAUAAUUCGAAUGAGGUCAGUCUUAAGAACCAACUAUUCGGGGCAGAUCCUCCAAAAGUAUACGCGAUACAUUAUCUAGGGUUAAAGCCGUGGGUGUGUUACAGAGACUACGAUUGUAACUGGAACGUAGGAGAUCAACGUGUUUAUGCUAGUGAUCUUGCGCACAAGACAUGGUGGAGGCUUCAUGACUCCAUGGAUGAGACCUUGCAGAAAUUUUGUGGGUUGACAAAGCGGAGGAAAAUUGAACUAGAAUGGGAUAGGAAGUUGGCUGGAAAAAAGGGAUUUAAAGAUGAACAUUGGAGGAUUAAUGCUACUGAUCCUAGAAAAUUUACUUGAUCUCUUUCCCUUAUUUCCUUGUUUUCCCUUUUAAUUUCCUUUUUUACCUUGAACCUUUGUCGCGUAUAUAUAGCACUAGUGUUUUUGCUCAGAGAAUUUUAUCAACAUGGCCUUCAAAUUUUAUUAUUUAUUUAUCGUUGUGUAUAGAGGAUGGUUGUACUCCAUUAUUUUUGGAACAUGAGAGAAGUAGCUAUUAUAUAUGUCCCUUUCUUAUUUCCUCCUCUAUGUACAUUUUGGUAAAUAGAAAUGGUAUGGUAAUGUUAUUAUUUCUUCA